AUGGAUUCUGAUUUUAAGUGCUUACUGCUUCUUACAGAAGUGCAAUGGCUCUCGAAAGGAAAAGUGCUCUCUCGAUUUAUCUAUUUGCAAACUGAAAUAUGUUUCUUCGAAGCUGAAAAUUCUGGAUUUGAAUUUCUUAACGAUGAGAAUGGGGUGCUGAAAGUAGCAUUUCUCAACGAUCUUUUUGAGAAAUUGAACGUUUUAAAUUUGAGUCUGCAAGGAGCGAACGAAAAUAAUAUUACAAUUACAGGCAAAUUAAAGUCUUUCACCGACAAGUUAGAACUGUGGAUAAGGAAAGUUAAAAACUCGCAGCUUGAUUGCUUCUCAGGCGUAGAGGCUUUUUCCAAACAAGUUUAA